AUUCAACGGCGUCCAGGAAGUUCUUGCAGGAGUUUCUGCAGGAUAUCCCGCCGCCGAUUAACGGUCCCGUAUUCGACAAAACGGUACCGAGUAACGUGACCGGUCUGGUCGGCAGAACCGCGUAUCUACAUUGCCGAGUUAAAAACCUGGGUAAUCGAACC